UACAAAGAGCUGGUGGCUGAGCUGGAGUCCAAGGCUGAGCCUGAGGCAGCUGCUCCCCAGCCAGAGCCGCAGGAACCGUCUCUGCCCCAGGCAGUCCAACCUCCUGCCAUCAAAGUGCUGCAGCCCCCCAAGGGUCCUACCACAGACCCAGACUGUGAACCCAACAAGGCACAGGAACAUCCAGGACACGUCCUUUGUGCACCCAACUGGUCGACGGCCAGCCAGCUGGGGAUCCUAGAGGCAGGCACGGUGCAGAAGCACAUGAACCUGCUGCUACCUGCACAGCAGGCAGGCGACAUCCUGCAGAGGUUCACGGGCACACAUCGCGUGCUUUGCCUGCUGUUCCCCAGGGACCUCUGCUGCCUCAUGGAAAUCGGAUUGGAUCAUUACCUGGCAAACACCUAUCAGCCCCAGCACCAGGCCAGCCAGAACCAGCAGCUCAUGAUGUACCGCCAACCUCGCAUGCCUCUGUCCUACCUGGCCCUGCGUGUCUACCUUCUUCUGAGCCAGCUAGAAGACCAGGAGCCCAAGGAGGCAGAGCCUCAGCCUCAGGGUCUUACCAAUGAUUCUGUGCCAACGCCUGCAGCUGCUGUCCAGCCACAGGCCCCAGAACCUGCUCUGGAGCCCCCAGAAUGCCCAGGAGCCGAGACCCAGGCAGAACCUCCUCGCGGAAAGACCACACGCUGGCCCUGGAGCCGCCUGAGGCUGCGCCAGAGGAACCACAGCCAGGGCCGUCCACAACACCGACUCCCCGGCUGGGUGCGCACCCUGGGCACCUGCUUCUGCAUCCAGCCCUCUGGCCAGAGCCAGGGGUGAAAUCCCUGUGGCAGGAGUCGAUUGGACCCUGGCAGAGCCAGAGCUCCCCGGACCUUCCAGGUUCACCUAAGCCAGAGCCACCCCGAACCACAAUCCACCUGUUACUUUCCCUUUCCCCUCCGUUAUACCUCACAUUAAUAAAUACAUUGAGUUUA